UGUUUCGCUUGUAAUAACAAAAGGACAACAUGAGCCGUUGUCCGUCUGUACGGACUCAGAGCCACCGGUUCUCCGCCGCUUCGCCGACUGCUUCGGCUUUACGUCGCUGUCGGAGCCGUCGCCACGUGCGGUUUUACGAAUUAAUUGUUAAUCAAAUCGACGGUCAAGUAGCGCCACGUCAUCAUCAAUCUGGUAAUUGAAGAAAGAAACGCGGGGAAAUCGUUGCUGUUCUGUUAAAAGGGAAAGAGGGAGAGGGAAGAAAUGCAGGGAGGGAUCAUCCCUAUUCUCUUGCUUGAAUCCCUUACGACCGAUUUUGUCGGUCACCCGGUCGUCCCAACCCUAGCUCUAUUUCUUCUCUUCUGCCCCCAUUCUCUCUCUUCUCUCCCUAAUCGAUCCUUCGCUUUCUCCGUUUCGGGCAAAGAUCUUCGGAUUUGUCUCUCGCUCCGUUUCACAUGUUCUUGUGCCGGGAUGGGUCGUGUGAAGCUAAAGAUAAAGAAGCUGGAGAACACGAACGGCCGUCAAGCUACGUUUGCGAAAAGGAAACAUGGAAUCAUGAAAAAGGCUAAUGAAUUGUCGAUCCUUUGCGACAUUGAUGUCGUUCUCCUCAUGUUCUCUCCCUCGGGAAAGCCUUCUCUGUGCAGCAGAAAACACAGCCUCGAAGAGGUCAUCACGAAGUUGGCUCAACUCACUCCUCAGGAAAGGGCAAAGAGGAAGUUAGAGAGCCUUGAGGCCUUGAAGAAAACAUUCAUGAAGCUCGAUCAUGAUGUUAAUAUCUCGGAGUUUUUCGGGAGAAGUAAAUCAACCUAUGAGGAGGUAACUAACAGAGCCAAGAUGCUGCAGAUGCAACUAUCAGAAGUACAUACGAGACUAAGCUAUUGGACUGAACCAGAGAAGAUUGAUAGUAUCGAUGAUCUGGGUCAAAUGGAAAAUGCUCUAAGGCAGAGUCUUGAUCAAGUUCGUGCCCAUAAGGAGAACAUGCAGCAGCAGCAGCAGCAACUUAUACACUUGGAUGGCAAAAAUGAGAUACAGAGUGAGAUGCCUUUAUCAUUCGGGAUGGACUCCGAGCAGCAGUUUCAGCCACUCUCGUGGGUACAUAAUGACGGAAGUAUGAACAUUUCUCUACAAGAAGAUCCCAGUUUGCUUCAUCACAGGGAAAUGGCAUGUUCCGCCAGUUCAUCGCUGGGAAACUACUCAGGACUGUUCGGAACAAGUAAAAGUCCAGAUUUAUCGAAUUCGGGUAUAGAAAACUGCGUAGGGAGUGAAUUCACCGGAAGUUGCACCGACCCGAAUAAUCUGAUGAUGAACAGCAACAACCAAUACCCUUCAAUGGCCUACAACCUCAGUUUCUUGAACGAUCCAAAGCUGCAGCAACUAGCCGAGUGGAAUCUGCUCGGAAGCCCUGCCGAUUAUUACGUUAGCCAGAUCCUGGAAGCUUCAAGACCGCAAUUCAACAUGGAUUCCGGAAACUGGGCUUCCUCCGCAUCUGUUAUACCUUGUUCUGUUUCUGGUUAUGAUGAUCCUCUCUUCUCACGGCAACCGAACUGAGAAUCAUUGCCGGAAUCCAUGGCGUUUCUUGAAACCUUUGCCCAUCUGUGAGGAGGGGCAGAACACGAGCCAAGCUCCAUUGUCGAACGUGGGUUCUUUCCUCAUUUGCCAAACCCGGAAGCCAUAAGAGCAGAUAAUAUCUAUAUAUAUCUAAUACAUAUAUACACACAAAGGAAAGUUACGUAAGAUACACGGCAUAUCCAGAAGCGUAGUCACGUCAUAUAUUUUCACCAGAGCGGGUUAUUUUUAUUUUUUUUUACCUCACUUGUUCAAAUCGUCACACCGUAAUAAUUUUUCUCAUAUACGUUUCCGUUUCUUUUUUUUUUCUUUUUCUUUUUCUUUUUAGUGUCUUCCAUAUUUACGUUACAAAGCAUAAUAACUAGAGAGAGAAAGAGAGGGGCUUCUAAUCCCUUAGCAUUAUGUAAAUAAAUACCUUAUUACAUUUCCUUUAACCCAAUAAUUUCAGUUCGUUUC